GACUACUUUGAUAUCAAUGACAAGGCGCUAGUGUUUCGAGUUUUCGAGCAUCCAUUUAGUGUCGCAAGGGAAAGAUAGUGUAUUGUGUACUAUUUAAAUCUGUAUACUGUUAAUUAUAUCUCAUAAUGUCCGAGAAGAAAGCUUACCCUGUAGGCGGUCAGCCACCAGCAGCUUAUGUGCCUGCUCCUCCUCCUGGAGCCUAUGGAGUGCCAGGUGCCGGUGCUCCGUAUGGAGUAUUUCCAUCACAGGCGCAGCUUUAUGCUGCCGCUGCUGCAGCCCAGGGUCCACCCCCAACAUAUGACCAGUCCUUGGCACACCCUGCUGCAGCUACUGCUGCUGCAGUGAAUCAGCAGAUGUAUGCACAGAGCGCAGCAGCACAGAUGUAUGCAGCUCAAGGUUACCCAGGAUAUCUGGGCUAUCCUGCAGCAGCUGCUGCAUAUAGUCCCAUGCAGGCAUAUUAUCCAUCUCUUGCAGCAGCAUACUCAUAUCCAGGCAUGCAGCCUGCCCAGCUGAGGCCCACAAUCAUGGUUCCUAAUGGUUUUGAAGCUGGAGCACGAUUUGAUGGCAUUGCACAGCCAGUACUGCCACCAGCUCCACCUGGUGUUCCAGCAAAUGCUGCACAGUUGGCAGCCAUGGCAGGUCACAAUGUUGCACUCACUCAAAAAAAGGGUUCAUUCCUUACCGGAGGCACUGAUGGAGGAUAUACCUUUUGGUAGAUGGAGUGGUUUGGGGGUAGGCAGGCAGCAGGCUAGUAGCAACAGACAGCAGGGAGGUGGGCGGUGACAUCUAACAAGCACCAGUAUUUGUAAAGAGGCCUUGCCACAACCUAAGCUCCUACUAUCCUCAUUCAGGUGCAUUUUUGCAAGUCUGGAAUACUCCUGUCAUAAUAUUUGGUUCCAUCCGUUCUGUCUUACAUUGAAUAGUACCUUCUGCCUACUGUUGAGUGUGUUUCUGUAAUAUGUAAUUGUGUGCAGGAUAAUUUGUCAGUAAUUCCAAAUUGGUACAGAAACUGAUUUCUUGAAAUAGUGUAAACUCGUUAUCUCUCUCUUGUCCUCUGUGUAGAGAAAGGUGGUUUCUUGAUGUUGGAAAUUGGUGGGAUUUGAGGUACAUUGUUUUCAGCACUAAAGAACAUGUCAGAUAAAAGGUGAAGUGCAGUCCAUUAUUGGUAGCUGUGAUGUCAGUUUGCAGAUCUUGCACAUGCUUGUGCAUUCGUCAGUUUGGAAUUUUUGUACAGCUUAAUUGCAGUGGACCUGGCUUUCAAAGUGCAAGAGUCUUAAAUUACUGAAUACCCAUCCAUAUCAUAAAAAAAAAAGCUCAUCUGCAUGCCAGAAUGAUGUUUUGGCCUGAAAAUUGUUGUUUUAUAAGUGACAGUUGUGGCCAGACUGCUAGGUUGCAACAUUACACUGCAUGUCACGCACUUUGAGGAAGAGGGAGACAUUAGCUGUAGGCAGUCUUAAUAUUUCCCAGAUUGAUAUAUACUCUUGUUGUAUUGUUGAAGUCUUACAAAUAUUGGUGCAGUUUUUGAAGGCAUGUGACUACAUGAUUAUAGAGAUGUGAUGAUUUUUUUUUCUUUGUAAAGUAGCCUCUGUUACUUCCAACCCUUCAAUUUGAAAAUAGCAAGGGGUUGUGACAGUCGUUCAUUAUUGAUAUAAAAUGCAGUAAUCCCUCAUUUGUACUUUUACCUUUAAUUGCAGCACUGUGCAUAUUUCAAUGUUAUUUAAACCCCCUUGAGUCGGUUUGAUGGGAAUUACAGCUUCAGAGAGUUUGUAAAAUAUUUAUAAUGGCCCACUUGAAAGAAAUGACUAAGGAUGGAAAGUACAUAGCGUUUUGAUCUGAAUUAUGCAAGGAAAUGACAGUAUGGACACACUGGCUUGCCCUUUCACAUGUUUAACAUCUACUUUUUCUGUAUAAAUUAUUGAUAUUGAUGAAUGUCCUCUUUGUGUAAGGGAGGAAGAAGCAAUUGUUAGUGUUGUUAAAUUAAUUUAUUAUACUCAUUUGUUUUCUUAAGACAUUACAAAGGAAAUUUGUGGACUGAUUGGCAAAGAGACAUUAACAAUGACUGGAAGGUCAGAUUAUUAUACAAAAAAUUUCAAUUUUAUUCUGCAACAAAAUUGUAUCCUCUUGUGGGGGAUGGGAGGGAAUUGGUGGCUAGCUGAUACUUGCAACAAGGGAAUUUUUUGUUGGAGGGAAGGGUAUGAUUUUUAUUUGGGCAGAAUAUAAAAUAGUUUUAUUCAGAGCUUCAGUGAAAGAAUGUAGUCUUAAUUUCAUCGUUAUUCCCCUUGUUUAAGACUUGCAAGCCAGCAAUAUUAUAGUACAGUAUCCCUCCCUUAGUGAUUGUUUCUUGGGUGAACAGUACAAGAUAUCAAAACUGAAGAGAGAUGCUGAGUAACAACAAAAAAUAUAUAUAUUAUGAUGUAAUACUGCAAAGCAAUUUUAAUAAACAAAAAUACAAAAUUUU